CAGAUUUCUGGCGGAGGAUGCGCCAUGAGCUUUGAGAGAGCCCGAAUCAAAGCGCUAGGCACUCGGAGAAAGGGAGAGCCGGACCGGGCUCCACAGGAGUGCGGGCGAGGGCACCCUGGAGUCCCCUCAGGCCAGCCCGGAGGGCGCGCACCUGCCAGCCGCCCCUGACCUCGAAGGCCAGGCGGCCCCCAAGCCUGAGAAGAUGGCCCAGUCCAAGAUCGACUGCCGUUCACCUGUCGGCCUCGAUUGCUGCAACUGCUGCCUGGACCUGGCCCACCGGAGCGGGCUCCAGCGCGGCAGUAGCGGGGAGAACAACAACCCGGGCAGCCCCACCGUGAGCAACUUUCGGCAGCUGCAGGAGAAGCUGAUCUUCGAGAACCUCAACACCGACAAGCUCAACAGCAUAAUGCGGCAGGAUUCGCUAGAGCCAGUGCUGCGGGACCCCUGCUACCUGAUCAACGAGGGCAUCUGCAACCGCAACAUCGACCAAACCAUGCUCUCCAUCCUGCUCUUCUUCCACAGUGCCUCCGGAGCCAGCGUGGUGGCCAUAGACAACAAGAUUGAGCAGGCCAUGGAUCUGGUGAAGAAUCAUCUGAUGUAUGCUGUGAGAGAGGAGGUGGAGAUCCUGAAGGAGCAGAUCCGAGAGCUGGUGGAGAAGAACUCCCAGCUAGAGCGUGAGAACACCCUUCUGAAGACCCUGGCGAGCCCCGAGCAGCUGGAGAAGUUCCAGUCCCGGCUGAGUCCUGAAGAGCCAGCUGCCGAAUCCCCACAAGCGCCUGAAGCCUCCGGUGGUUCUGCGGUGUAAGUGGCUCUGUCCUCAGGGUGGGCAGAGCCACGAAACUUGUUCUACCUAGUUCUUUCCAGUUUGUUUUGGCUCCCCAAGCAUCAUCUCACGUGGAGAACUUUACACCUAGCAUAGCUGGUGCCAAGAGAUGUCCCAAGGACAUGGCCACCUGGGUCCACUCCAGUGACAGACCCCUGACAAAGAGCAGGUCUCUGGAGGCUGAGUUGCAUGGGGCUUAGAAACCCCAAGCCAGUGAGCCUCCGAUGCCACUGCGCCCUGGGGGAUCCCAGGGCCUGGGCAACUUAGCUGCAACUGGCACGGGAGAAAGGUAGUUUGACAUGUGAUGCCAGUGUGCUCCAGAAUGUGUAGGGGGUCUGUUUUUCAUUUCCAUGGACAUCUUCAACAGCUUCACCUGACGACUGUUCUAUGAAGAAGCCACUUGUGUUUUAAGCAGAGGCAACCUCUCCCUUCUCCCCUGCCUCGCCAAGGCAGGGGGCACAGAUGGGAGAGUUUGAGCCAAGUCAGCCUUCUGUCGGUUAAUAUGGUCUAAUGCAUGGCUUUGUGCACAGCCCUGUGUGGGAUUACAGCUUUGGGAUGAGCGCUUACAAAGUUCUGUUUGGUUAGUAUUGGCAUAGUUUUUCUAUAUAGCCAUAAAUGCGUAUAUAUACCCAUAGGGCUAGAUCUAUAUCUUAGUGUAGCGAUGUAUCCAUAUACACAUACACCUACAUGUUGAAGGGUCUGACCAGCUUUGGGAGUAAUGACUGGUCCCUUAUCUCUUAAAGCUAAUUCUUUGACUGUGCUCAUUUACCAAGUCGAUCCAGUUUGUCCUUUAGGUUAAGUAAAACUCAAGAGUAAAGGCAGGGAGAGGGGGGCCAGCCCUCAGAAUGCGGCCACAGAUGCCUUGCUGCUGCACCCCUUUCUUUCCCCAUCUCUCCACUGAAGACAUGUGAAGUCCUCUUUCGAAUGCCAAACCCACCAUUCACUGGUGCUGACUACAUAGAAUGGGGUUGAGAGAAGAUCAGCUUGGACUUCAUAUUGUCAUUUGAGAACUGUUUUUUUCUAAUUCUGGUGGAAAACUCUGAAUGGAACAGAAAGAUGGCAUCCUGCUGGGGAUGAGAGAUGGAUGAGGGAAUGGCUUUGAUCCCAUUGGGGCCUGGGGGAUGUGCCCUGGGAGUUGGUUUCCAAGGGGGUUCUGUGACAGUGAACUUUCCACUUUCUGACACCUUAUCCUGAUGUAUGUCUCCAGGAUUUGGAUUUUGAUUUUUCAAAUGUAGCUUGAAGUUUCAAUAAACUUUGCUCUUUUUUUUUUUCUAAA